AUGUACCCCUCAAAAGACAUGGCAAAUGACAGCCUGGAUGUGGGAGAGUGGAAGAAUGAGCAGUCAUGGGAGAUGGCGAACAGAAAUGGUCCUGUGAUGCAGGCGCCCGCCGGGAGAACGUGGUCGCCGAUGGCGACGGAGGCCAACCCCUACGCCAUGCCGGCGCCGGCGCAGAAGAGUACGUGCGCGCCGCGCGGCGGCGGAGCUCACCGACCUAAUAGCACCAAGGAGACGGUGAAGAACGCGCUGUCGCUGUGGGGGCGGAAGGUCGGCGAGGCGGGCAGGAAGGCCGAGGACCUGUCGCGCAACACAUGGCAGCACCUUCGGACGGCGCCUAGCAUGACGGAGGCGGCCGUGGGGAGGAUCGCGCAGGGGACCAAGGUGCUGGCGGAGGGCGGCCACGAGAGGAUCUUCCGGCAGGCCUUCAGCGCCCCGCCGGACGAGCAGCUCCGCAAGUCCUACGCCUGCUACCUCUCCACGUCCGCCGGCCCGGUCAUGGGGGUCAUGUACCUCUCCACCGCCCGGGUCGCCUUCUGCAGCGACACCCCGCUCUCCUACGAGGCCCACGCCGGCGACAACACGGAAUGGAGCUACUACAAGGUGGCGAUUCCUCUGCACCGGCUGAGGGCGGCCAUCCCGUCGGCCAGCAAGGUCAAGCCGGCGGAGAAGUUCAUCCAGCUCGUGUCGGUGGAGAACCACGAGUUCUGGCUGAUGGGCUUCGUCAACUACAGCAGCGCCGUCGUGCACUUGCAAGAAGCUCUCAGCGGCUUCCACAACCUGCAAGCGUGA